ACUUUCUUGUUCCCUUUUGUUUGAUUUUUCUUUAUUUUUAUCUUAAGCUAGUUUCUCUCCUGUCAGUUGCGUCUCACUUUCGCAUCUGGUUUCUGCUGACAGCAUUGGGAGCUAUAUUUUACUUUGUCUCAACUCCAAGUCCUCUAGUUUUACUGUGCCAGUUCUGCUUUAUACUUGUACCGUCCUGUCCUUUGUGCCUUUUCUCUCCUGCUGAUCUAGUUUUUGUGCUUUUGCUUCACCUGCUUCUCUCCUUUUUCUGUACAACCUCCCUCCAUCCUCUUCUCUUCCACUCAAGCUCUUCUCAUCUCAGAGGAGCUCUGCCCUUCUGCAUCAUGGGAAAGACAGAGCUGUGCUCUCUCUAUAAAGGAUUUCUGGACUGUAUAUGCCUCUGCCUCUCUCGGAGAAGCAGCGAGUCUGAUUGCGACAAUGAGAGGGACACUGAGAACGGCCACCUGAUCUACAGGAGCGGAGACGUCCUGGAAGACAGAUAUGAGAUAGUCAACACUUUAGGUGAGGGGACCUUUGGGAAGGUGGUGCAAUGUACGGACCACAGCAGAGGAGGGAGUCAAAUUGCUCUGAAGAUCAUUAAAAACCUGGAUAAAUACAGAGAGGCAGCCAAACUGGAAAUCAAUGUCCUGGAGAAGAUCAGCGAGAGAGAUCCAGACAACAGAAAUCACUGUGUGCGGAUGCUGGACUGGUUUGACUACUACGGCCAUGUGUGCAUCUCUUUUGAGCUGCUGUCUCUCAGCACCUUUGACUUCUUGAAGGCAAACAACUUCCUGCCUUAUCCCAUUAACCAGAUCCGACACAUGGCCCAGCAGAUCUGCCACGCUGUCAGCUUUCUCCAUGACAACAAGCUGACUCACACCGACCUGAAGCCGGAGAACAUCCUCUUUGUGAUCUCUGACUACACCUUCAUAUACAACGCUGAGAAGAAGUGUAAUGAGCGGAGAAUAAAAGAUACCACAGUGCGGCUGGUCGACUUUGGCAGCGCCACCUUUGACCACGAGCACCACUCCACCGUCAUCUCUACGCGUCAUUACCGAGCUCCAGAGGUCAUUCUGGAGUUGGGUUGGAGUCACCCAUGUGAUGUGUGGAGUAUCGGCUGCAUCCUGUUUGAAUAUUACGCAGGCUUCACACUGUACCAGACUCAUGACAACAAGGAGCAUCUUGCUAUGAUGGAGAGCAUACAGGGACCACUUCCUCAGAGUAUGAUACAGAAAACUAGAAAGCAGAAGUAUUUCCACCGUGGGCGUCUCGACUGGAACGAGUGCUCCAAGGCCGGGCGCUAUGUGAAAGCCAAGUGCAAACCAUUAAGGAAGUACCUGUCCUCACACGGGACAGAGCACCACCAGUUUUUCUUCCUCUUGGAGAGGAUGCUGGAGUACGAGCCAUCGACACGCACCUCGCUGUCCUCCGCCCUGUCUCACCCCUUCUUCCUGCCUCUCCUUCAUCCAGGACGGAGCCACGUCUGGAGGAACAGCUGUGAAACGAGCAGAUGACCCUCAACAGACCCUAGACCCUGAGGACCAGUGGCGGACUGGCCAUCGGGACGUUCGGGACGAAUCCCGAUGGGCCGCUACCGAAGUGGGCCGGUCGGACGAUGUGGGCACCCCGUUGACAAUUUACUAGUGGUACCCAAGUGGGCCGGUCGAGAUGCCUGGGCUGAUUUUUAGUCCCAAUCCGCCCCUGCUAAGGACCAUACCAGUGUGCAUGCAAGUUGUAGUUUUUUAACUAUAAAUCUUGUUUACUUUGUAUUUCAUUUCAAUCAGGAAAGGUUAAAAGUGGUAGUGAGUAAAAGGUGUACUAAAAAGUAACCAUUUAUUUAGACCGUUAAGGUAAAUGGUAAUUAGUAAUAACAGCCCGACUGUUCUGCCAACUUAACUUGGGUUCUCUCUUUCUCUCCGUGUGCAAUAAGUCUUCUCUCGCUUCAACAUAGCCACUCAGAAUGUGCAGAUGAAUGCUCAGUUGCCAAUAUGCAAAUAGGAGUCCUACGUCAUCUGUCAGCUACAUCUUGCAGCAAAUGCUCGCUACUUACAUCUUUUAAGUGUUGGAAACACUGCACAAAAGUCACGUUCCAUUAAGCUGUCUUUUUGGUCUCCACCCAGUCCAAAGGAAAAUAUAUGACUCCUUCGUUGCUAAAUGAUCCAUUAAGCUCAUAUUUGUCUGCCGUUUGGGCGCAGUUAGCUAAAAGUGUUGCUAGUGAAAGCAGUCAAAGAAAUACAAGACAGUUACAUUUGUUUAUCAGAAAGGUUAAACAUUGUGAAACACAAGAGUUUUGCACCCCUUCAAAUGCUAACCAGUUUUUGAUACUGGCUCAACGGUUUCAGACUUUCUUAAAGGUGAUUUAUCUUUUUUUUUUCAAUGUAAUAUUGUUACAUUUUAACGCAGUUAAGUGCAAAUUGAUUUAAAAAAGGGCACUGUGUUUCAUCAAAACAAAAAUGUAACUUGCAUUACUUGAUUUUUACCGAACAUUUUUAACAGUCUGCUAAUAUAUUUUUGUAUCAAACUGAAUUUAACAGUGGGAAAAAGCAGCAGAGGUACAAAUCUUUUUUGUGGGAAAUAAAUAUACAAGAAUGCAAGUAAAUGGGCAUAAACCUGCUGAUCAACACAUGCAAGUAGAUUGAGUCUUCUUCAAAAUGUAAACACAAUAAAAGUAUCUUUUAGAGGAUAUAGAUACAAAAACGUAACAAAUGGAAAGUAUAUUUUUUAUUUGUCGAAUUAUAACAAUUAUUUCUGUCUCUUUUUCAAUAAA